AUGUUUCGUCGGGAAAUGUGUGCUGCAAAAAAGGGAGUCGAGGCCCGACGCAAUGGUCUCGCGGCUCGUCGAGAAGAACAGCGUAAUAAACUCAUGCAAAAUCUGCGUAAGGUUGAGACGACCGAAAAGAAAGUUGUGGUACCGAAGCCGAAAGAAGAUGCAUCCGAGCGGCGAGCUCGUCUCAAUCAAUACCGCGAGAUGAAGACUCGCAAAGAAACUGAGCUGAAGGCGGAGCGCUUGAAAACCCCGGCAUUCAAAAUCGGCUCCGCACCCGCGAAAGAACGAGCUCCAGCGUCUACGGCCCGGAAAAUGCUAGAUUUCGAUUUCAGGAAAAAAUCGAGCACCGAAUCUGCGGUCAACUCAAAGACUCCUGCGGUUCGGAAAGCGCUUCAGUUCGGGAAAGCCCCAACGAAUAUCGCACUUCCGGCGGUAAAGAGUUCGGAACCUUCAAAUGAACAGGUGCAGACGAAAACGGCGGUCAAGCCUGACUUGAAGGAGAAUUUUCAUCCUGCAAGUCAGGUCCGACCAGGCUCUCGAAACCCACAAACUUCGACGAAGCGACCUGUUUCAACGCAAAGGACAACAUCAGUCACCCCCAGCGCCAAUCCCAAUAUGACGACGCCGAAACCCGGAUUGAGAAUGCCAACGCCGUCGAGAAACGCGUCGAAAGGACCUACACCCUCAAAGACCUCGUCCGUUUCUGCAUCGAAGAGAACGCCGGCGACCACCAGCAAAUCGAACUCGAAGACGGUCUCGACGAAAUCGACGCCGUUGAAGAGUGCAUCUACACCCUUGAGAUCCGUAGGUCUGGGAUCUCGGACGCAACCGAAAAAGACCCCACAACCUUCUCCACUCGCUGGUUCGACACGUUCGAAUGUUUCAAAGCAGAAAGCUGACCUGCGUGAUACAACCAAUGAGAAGAAGAAACCCAACUCAACGCCCAAGGCACCGACGACAACGCCGCUGAAGCGAACUCAGUCAACCAGUAAUUUAUCACGUCCGACUCCGCUGCGGAGCGUCACGAAGCCCGAUCAGAGCUCCCACAGCAAAACACCUCAGACAGCGACCUUGAAGCGAGCUCAGUCAAGCAAUAAUUUAUCACGGCCGAAUCUACUGAGGAGCGUCGCGAAACCCUCCGAAUGCUCCCAGAGCAAGACACCCCAGGUGAAGCUUCAGCGUUCUACAUCGGCGAGCACUCUGGCGCGUAAACCUCUAACAUCGAGCUCACCAGUGGCGAAGGCGCGGUCAAACCUUUCGAAAAACUUGAGUGGAAGUUCUUCGAACGUCGAGAGAGCGCGAGAUGGCGGCCCCCCUAACGCGCUCAACACGCGCUCAAACUCCAAAUUGACGUCGGUUCCAAAACCGGGACCGAUGUCUCGAAUCCAAGCUGCUGUCAUGAAGAACCAGCAAACCAGAGCGGAUUCACAGAAACAAGACCCCAUUUGUGGAGAAGACGAGAAUUUGAAGAAGUGGACCCGGCUCUUGGCCCUCGCACGAGCUCAACAGGGAUCCUGA